UCAUGCUAUUCUUGGUUUACCGAAAAUACCCCUUCUCACCCCUGCAGACCUAGCUAAUCGAACCUCUGCUCCCUUCCCCUGCUGUCGGCCGCCGACCACGCCGGCCUUCCUCCGUGCCCUCUUCCACCGAAGCGAACCACACCGCCAACCUCGCAGGAAUCCUUCGCCUGUAGUCGUCGUCGUCGCCGUCCUCCUACUCGUUCCCCUUUACUGGACUGGCGCGAGGGGAGAUCCGCGCGGAUUUGGCUGGUAUCUUUUCUUUUGCUUUCUCUGAAGUAUGAGCUGUAAACAAGUGUAGAGGAAGGUACAAAAGAUAUAGUGAUACAAAACUUGAUUUGAUAAAAGAUCAAUUGGUGCCUUACAAUGGCUCAGCAGACAGCUUCAGUUCUAUUGAAUGAUACAGCGGUUGUUGACGCCAAACCCUUGCGGACACUGACUCCCAUGUUCCCUGCACCACUAGGGCUCCACACAUUCACCCCUCAAAACUCGCCUUCAUUUGUCUGUGUGACCCCAUUUGGACCGUAUGCUGGAGGCACUGAAUUGGGGAUGCCUGCUGGUAUUCCACCGAUGUUUGCAGCACCGGCUGCUCCUGCAGACCCCAACCAGAGACAGCCUACUGUUAAUAUGAAUGGAGCUGUUCAUGCUAAUGGUACUGCAACCAACAGUUUGGUCACUUCUUCCUUGCAAACUCCUCCAUCAGCUGCCACACAGGAAUCUGGUAAGAGGAAAAGGGGAAGGCCCAAGGGUGUGCCAGAUACUACUGUUCCUUUGGCUCCUUCAGUUCCUCCAGUUCCUCCGGUUCCUCCAGUUCCUUUGGUUCCUUCAGCUCCUCAAGAAGGUAACAAUGUUGUUUUCCUGACGCCUUCUUCAGCCACCUCACAGGAAUCUGGCAAGAGGAAGAGGGGACGGCCCAAGCGUCUGCAAGAUGUUCCUGUCCUGUCAACUCCUUCAGCUUCUCAAGCGGAUAGCACACCUGUUCUUCAGACACUUCCUGCACCCACUGUACAUGAAUCUGGUAUGAGGAAAAGGGGACGGCCCAAACGUGUGCAGGAUAGUUCAAAUACUUCAACUCCUCCAAUUCACUCAAAAGAUAGUGACCCCACUUUCCAGACACCUUCUGCAGCCACCUCACCUGAAAGUGGUAAGAGGAAGAGGGGACGUCCAAGGCGCGUGCCCGAUGGUUCAGUGACUCUGCCAAGUCAUUCAGGUUUUUCAAUAGAUGAUGACACUGCUGACGCAACAAAACGUGGACGACCUAGGAAAAUUGACACCAAUCUGUUGCAGCUUCCAUCUUUGUCUUCAGAUGAUCCUAGGGAGUCUGCAGAUAAUGUACUCAUGAUGUUUGAUGCACUGCGGCGGAGGCUCAUGCAGCUGGAUGAGGUGAAGCAAGCUGCAAAGCAGCAGCAUAACUUGAAGGCUGGGAGUAUCAUGAUUAAUGCUGAACUUCGUGUCAAUAAGAACAAGAGGAUUGGAGAGGUUCCCGGUGUUGAGGUUGGUGACAUGUUCUACUUCAGAAUUGAGAUGUGCCUAGUCGGGCUGAAUAGUCAGAGCAUGGCUGGGAUUGAUUACAUGCCUGCAAAGUUUGGUAAUGAGGAGGAUCCUGUGGCUAUCAGUAUUGUGUCAGCUGGCGUGUAUGAUAAUACCGAAGAUGAUCCAGAUGUUCUAGUUUACACAGGACAGGGCAUGUCUGGUAAGGAUGACCAAAAGCUUGAGAGGGGUAAUCUUGCACUGGAGAGGAGUUUGCAUAGAGGUAAUCCAAUCAGAGUCAUUCGUAGCGUAAGAGAUUUGACUUGUCCAACUGGCAAGAUAUACAUAUAUGAUGGCCUUUACAAGAUCAAAGAAGCUUGGGUGGAGAAAGCGAAAUCUGGUUUCAAUGUGUUCAAACACAAGUUGCUCAGGGAACCUGGCCAGCCUGAUGGCAUUGCAGUGUGGAAGAAGACUGAAAAAUGGAGGGAAAAUCCAUCAUCUAGGGACCAUGUUAUAGUGCGCGACAUAUCAGAUGGUGUCGAAAGCAAGCCUGUUUGCCUUGUAAAUGAGGUUGAUGAUGAGAAGGGUCCUAGCCACUUCACCUAUACCACUAAAUUGAACUAUUGGAAUUCUCUGAGCUCAAUGAGAAAGAUGCAAGGCUGCAAAUGCACAAGUGUAUGCCUCCCUGGUGAUAACAACUGCUCUUGUACACAUCGAAAUGCUGGUGACCUGCCUUACAGUGCUUCAGGUAUAUUAGUUAGCCGCAUGCCUAUGUUAUAUGAGUGUAAUGAUUCCUGCACUUGUUCACAUAAUUGCCGGAACCGAGUUGUACAGAAAGGUACCCAGAUCCAUUUUGAAGUGUUCAAGACGGGAGAUCGUGGUUGGGGCCUUCGUAGUUGGGAUCCAAUUCGAGCAGGCACAUUUAUCUGUGAAUAUGCAGGUGAAAUCAUUGACAAAAAUAGUGUGAAUGGAGAAGAUGAUUACAUCUUUGAGACCCCUCCUUCCGAGCAGAAUUUAAGAUGGAACUAUGCACCAGAAUUACUGGGUGAACCUAGUCUUUCUGACUCAAAUGAGACACCCAAGCAACUGCCAAUCAUUAUUAGUGCCAAACGAACCGGCAACGUGGCUCGCUUUAUGAACCACAGCUGCUUGCCUAAUGUUUUUUGGCAACCAGUUUUGUAUGAUCAUGGUGAUGAGGGAUAUCCACAUAUUGCAUUCUUUGCAAUUAAGCAUAUUCCUCCUAUGACAGAGCUUACAUAUGAUUAUGGUCAGAGUCAAGGUAAUAUUCAACUGGGAACCAAUUCUGGUUGUCGGAAGUCUAAAAACUGCUUAUGUUGGUCCCAGAAGUGCAGAGGUUCCUUUGGCUAAACAACCAACCCCGUAAGAGAAGGAUUUGAUCAUAAUUUGCUAUUACAAGAUCUCUGCUGAUCAACACUAAAUUCAGCUCACCAAAUGCUGUCAAAUGUUUCUCAGAGUUCCGUUUCUGAUGAACUGAAUUGUCUCUACCAGCAGAAACAGCAGGUCGUUGUGGCAUGUAUGAAGCAGCAGAGGUUUCCUAGGUCUCCAUGCACCGUCGAAUAAGUCUGCCCCUCCUCGUGCUAGAAUGCAGAAGGGGGUGUUUAUUAGGUUUCUUAGAUUAACUAGUUUUUAGGCAUGUUCUGCGAAGGGAGAAUGUAUGUUAUGCUCUUUGUCGUGCGCUAUUGGUUGUCUGCUCCUAUUAUGACCAACCAACGGUAUUUUAAUAAUUGUAGACGCCAUGUGUAAUUGCAAUGCAUGCCAGCAUUAGUA